UCUCUCUCUCUCAUGCAGUGUUUGUAUAGACUGAUAAGCUGAGAGGGAGGGAGGGAGGGAAGACAGCCAACCCAGCUAAGAGAGUGAAAACACACACACAAGGGUGAGAAAGGCUCUGGUUGUGAAGCAGGCAGAUCAGAUAGGUGCAUAUAGCACACAGAGAAGGACAGAAAGACACAGAGGAAAAACAGAGGGGAGAGAGAGGAAGAAGAAGAAGAGCAGAUAAGCAGAGGAAACAUUAAGUGUGUGACAGAAAGAAGAAGACGGAGUGUAACGGGCUUUGCUGCUGCGCUGGGAUCAUGUCUCUCAAUGGGAAGGUGGCUCUGGUGACCGGGGGGGCUCAGGGCAUCGGGAGAGCUGUGGUCCAGUCACUACUGCAGAGCUCAGCCAAGGUGGCCGUGGUCGACCUGAACAAGACCAGCGGUGAAGAGUGCAAAGCACAGCUGGAUGCUGAGUUUGGAGAGGGCAACUGUACCUUCAUUUCUUGUGAUGUGUCCAACGGAGAUGCUCUGAGAGACGCAUUCCAGAGCACAGUAGACAAGUUUGGUCGUUUGGACAUCGUUAUCAACAACGCCGGUAUCAACAAUGAGAAAAACUGGGAGAAGACCAUACAAGUCAACCUGACUUCUGUAAUUAAAGGGACCUACUUGGCACUGGAACACAUGAGUAAAGAAUACGGAAAGGAAGGAGGCAUCGUUAUCAACGUAUCCUCUAUGGCAGCCUUCUUGCAUUCUCCUCAUCAGCCCGUCUACACAGCUACUAAACAUGGAGUCAUCGGCUUCACUAGAGCUAUGGCGGAUGCAUCGUCUCAGGGAGACUACGGCGUUCGUAUCAACGUCCUGUGCCCGGCGUUCGUCGACACUCCUCUGCUGCACUCAGUGGAACACGAGGACAACAUGGGAAAGUUCGUCAAGUUCAAGGAGGAUUUCAAACGCAGUAUGAGCAAGUUUGGAGUUUUACAGCCGUCAUUGAUAGCAGAGGGCAUGAUGAGGCUGAUCGUGGACACCAGUCUGAAUGGAGCAGUGAUGAAGAUCACCUGCUCCAAGGGAAUCCACUUUCAUACCUAUGAACCCAUGUCUGCUUGAGAUUGGACUUACUGGACUCUGUGCUGCUGCUGAGGAGAGCACUGCAGUGGUUUAUCCUGUCUGACCACGACACACCAAGAACUGCUUCAGAACAUCUGGCUGCCACUCAAGUUAAUAUCAGAACUGCAUCAGAGCAGGGAAAAACUGACCAACAAUGCCUGAUUGUGUAUAUACACCCGUCUCAAAUCAAUGCUGUCCAAAUAUUAGUUCCAUACAUAUACUGUCUGUUUGAUUUUAGUAAUUAUGUUAAUAAUAUGAUCAUUGAAAUGACGAAGAUUACUGUAGAAGGUCCAGUGUUUUCACUGCCAGCCAAGAUAUAAACCAACGUUCCAGAUAUAAACCAACGUUCUAGAUAUAAACCAACGUUCCAGAUAUAAACCAACGUUCUAGAUAUAAACCAAAGUUCCAGAUAUAAACCAACGUUCUAGAUAUAAGCCAAAGUUCCAGAUAUAAACCAACGUUCUAAAUAUAAACCAAUGUUCUAGAUAUAAGCCAAAGUUCCAGAUAUAAACCAACGUUCUAAAUAUAAACCAAUGUUCUAGAUAUAAACCAAUGUUCUAGAUAUAAACCAACGUUCUAGAUAUAAGCCAAAGUUUUAGAUAUAAACCAAAGUUCCAGAUAUAAACCAACAUUCUAGAUAUAAACCAAAGUUCUAGAUAUAAACCAACGUUCCAGAUAUAAACCAACGUUCCAGAUAUAAACCAAAGUUCUAGAUAUAAACCAAAGUUCUAGAUAUAAACCAACGUUCCAGAUAUAAACCAACGUUCUAGAUAUAAACCAACGUUCUAGAUAUAAACCAAAGUUCCAGAUAUAAACCAACGUUCUAGAUAUAAGCCAAAGUUCCAGAUAUAAACCAACGUUCUAAAUAUAAACCAAUGUUCUAGAUAUAAGCCAAAGUUCCAGAUAUAAACCAACGUUCUAAAUAUAAACCAAUGUUCUAGAUAUAAACCAAUGUUCUAGAUAUAAGCCAAAGAUCCAGAUAUAAACCAAAGUUCCAGAUAUAAACCAAUGUUCUAAAUAUAAACCAAUGUUCUAGAUAUAAACCAACGUUCUAGAUAUAAGCCAAAGUUUUAGAUAUAAACCAACGUUCUAGAUAUAAACCAACGUUCUAGAUAUAAACCAAAAUUCUAGAUAUAAACCAACGUUCUAGAUAUAAACCAACGUUCUAGAUAUAAACCAAUGUUCUAGAUGUCUUUUUCAGUCUGGUUUCAAUGUUUUACAGAAAAUAUUUGACAAUCAGUGUCAUAUACCUCAGACACAACUGAUUAUGCAGCUUCUUUAAUUAAUCAGUGUUAUCGUAGCAAGUGUAACAGUUAUUAUUUAACAGCUGGUUUUCAUAAUGUUUGUAAAAAUAAAAAAUAUUCUACUGGGAUAGUUUGAUAUGGGAGAUGUGAGACUUAUUUAUUGGUAUUUCAUAACCAGUAUAAUAUGUCUACAUCAAUUCAUCACCAUUUGAAGUGUUUUAAUGAUUUCAUCCACAUCAGGGUUUCCAGAGGCCUGUUUCAUAAAGCUGCCUUAGGUAGUCUAACUCGAUAUCACUGUCUAGCUACAUGAAGCAAAGUCAACAUAGUUAAAUCGCAGUUACUAUGGCAACUUAUCCUGAGAAACUAACCUGGUACGGAGCAAGUGAAGUGUUGUUUCUGCAACACUGACCCAAAACGAUGAUUGUACCACUGACUUUCUUUUAACUGAAUCGAGUAAAGUUGUGUUAAUAAUGACCUCA